AUGGGUUUAGUCACCACGAUCAGGAAGACGAUAUCCAGCUACCAGCUCGUGUCUAGCGACUCGGGCCUCGGGCCUCUUCUCUCUUUCCUUGACGACCUGGCAUACGCUCGAAAUCUAACUCAUCGACUUGGCAUCUCUUUCUGUUCGGCGCGCAAUGUCGCCAUGCCCAAGUCUGCUUUCCCUGCCUUUCUUUACUUCAACGUGGUUACCGGCUUGAACCCGUUCUAUGCUCCCAUCAUUCGUCCCUAUGCUCGCCACCCCAGAUCUUGGUUGUCGUGUCAUAAUGCCAUCGCUAACCCUAGUGCUAUCGAAGGCGAAUAG